CAAGAUCGAUGGAGUCGCACCUCACCAGACCUGACCGCGACUCUUCCCAUCGCUGGACCUCCACCAGAGCUACCCACCCCCGCCGGCCGCCCCGCCGACUCUACUCCGGCUGCCGCGGCCGUCGCCACCACGCUCCUACCCGGACGACGCUCCGAGCGCCUCCCCUCCAAACGCGUAACCGAGGCCUACAGCUGCCGCCGUGCCGUACCUUGGCGGCGUCACCGCCGACGCCUCAACCCACCUUCCCCCCAUCCACCCAUCCACCCAUCCACACGGUGCACCACGGCCUCUCAGGCGCGUUGCCGCCUUCGCCGCCCCCGUUAUUCCUCGUCGGGGCAUCGCGUUCCCGCUGCCCCCACCCCGUCGGCAGUGUUUACCCCCCAUUUCGUCUUGAGAUCAGCAGAUGGCUAGUAGCUCCAAUGGCCAUUGUCCAGCUAAUGGUGCAAAAGUUCUUCCUGGAAGGGGGAAGAAGAAUCAGGAGAAAUUACAGCUUGACAAAGAUGCAGCUUCUAGGGCCUGUCAGAAGGACAGGCAAUACAUUGAGAAAUUGGAAACUGAGCUGAGCAACUGCUAUCAGGAAAUUGACUAUUUGCAGGAUCAGUUAAAUAUCAGGAAUGUUGAAGCAAACAUCAUGGGAGAGCAUAUUCACGGCCUUGAACUGAAGCUAACUGAACUUGAGAAAUUUCCUGAGAGAGUGAGAGUUAUGGACAAUGAUCUGAUGCGGUCUGAUUCUCAGUGCUGGCUUCUGAUGGAAGAAGUCCAAUGUAAAGAAGAGGAGCUGCAAAAGGCAACCUUACAAAUAGAGAAGCUUGAAAGCGUAACUUUAGAUAUGCAAUGUGAAAUUGAGAGUUUAAAACUUGAUUUGACUACGCUUGAGCAAAGACUGUUUGAUGCUGAGAGCUUUAGCCAGCAUACUGCUGAGUACAAAGUUAGAAUAGAGAAGCAACUGGAAGAACAUGAGCUCCAGCUGCAAGAGGCAUGGAAGACUAUUGGUCAUCUUGAGGUUGAGAAUAAACAACUGAAAAAAGAGUACUUGCCUGGAAGAGCUCCUAAACAAUCCUCUUCUACAGGCGUGGAGCAACUUGAUACAACAGUGGAGCAUGAUGGUCAUGCAGACUAUGAAAGAGGUCAUGAAAUUCUUGAAAAGAUGGGGAAGCAAAAUGAAGAACCUGAACUUAUAAUUGAGCAGCUCAAGGUAGAACUUCGAGAACAAAAACUGAAAGCAAAGGAGGAUGCAGAAGAUCUCACUCAAGAAAUGGCUGAAUUGAGGUACCAGAUAACUGGCAUGCUUGAGGAAGAAUACAAGCGUCGAUCUUGCAUUGAGCAAGCGGCUAUUCAACAAAUUCAGCAGCUGGAGGCUCAGGUCUCUAAAGAGCAAAGAAAAUUGGGCGGAGCACUAAGACGACUGCAGGAAUCGCAUGAGCUAGCUGACACACAAGCUACGGAGAUUAAGAAACUGAAGGAUGCUUUAGGGAGAUUGAACUCUGCAAUGAACCUCGGGAGGGUUUGCAAAUCUUGCUCUUGCGGGUUCUGUCCAAUGCUGGUAGAGAUGUCUAAUUGCUCGAUUGAAGGGUCGCUUGACCUCAGAUCUUCCGAUGCCAGCAACAAUGUCGAAGCACCGGAGAACCAAGCGCUAGUAGAGUGGCAUCCUGAUGAAGCUUCAGAUGGUGCCACAGUAAAUAAUGUAGGAUGCUAGAUGCAGAUGCACUCAUGUGUGCAGUUGCUGUAUAUAAUUCUUUGUGCCACUGUUGUUUGUAGAUGCAUUUGUAACCUUAGUGAGCUGUUUUAUUUACAGAUUACCACUUGGAGUUAAGCUCCAACGGCAGCGCGAAUGUAACUUGUAAAAACUUCAUAUUUAUCGUGUCAGAUUCAGCCUCAGGACUCA